GUGAUGUCAGCAGUCUCAGGAUGCAGCUGGAGAUUGUAUUGCAUUGUUUAUUAUUACUGAGCAUCACCCACGGCUGCGAGGAGUCUACACAAGCGAGCAUGCGUUUAUAAAGAUCACCAAACCUACCUAUACUGUCUCACCUAAAAUGCAAAGGUUUCUAGUAUUUCGGUUUUUACUAUUCUGCAUUCCAUUGCCCUGGAAGGAGCAGAGACUGGUGAACGCGGGACUCAGACAGUGAUAGCAGUGUGAGGGAGCACAUUAAGCGGAGGUUAAUUCAGUUUCUUGGUAAUGCGCCAGCACAACAUCCAACGAAACAUGUGCGUAAGUCUGGGGAUGAGAUGAGCUGAAAAUAGGAUGCCGCAUAUUGUAACUAGGGUGCUCUGAAAAGGGAUUUAUGUGCUAAGCUCUGUCUAUUUAGUUCCUACCACAAUGGACAAGUUAUCCCCUUCCAUGCGCAUAAGACUGUACAGCUUGCCCCAACACAUGGGACAAAAAGCCACAAUCAUGGGCGAGGAGGAAGACGGCAACAAGGACACCCGGAGGAAAAGCAUUAGGAUGAAGCCCUUGCCUUCCCCGUCCUCCGUGGGCAGUAAGGGGAUGGGGGAAAGCAAAGCCGGGAAUUCUGUGGUCAUGGAGACCGACGUCGGGAGGUCUGUCAAGGCAAGCUCCAACGGCGACUGUAGGCGAUUCAAAGGGAGUCUCUCGUCCAUCACCAGCCGGCACCAGCACGACUCGGCGGAAGAGAAGAGGCUCAUCUCAGAUGGGGAUGUCACUCCGUGCGAGGAGACUGACCCGGCAGGUGCAACGGGCUGCUCGGCGGAGGAGCAGGGCGCGCAGGGCAGCAGCGGCAUCUCCAAGGAGCAGCAGCCUGCUUCCUCGGACCAGCAAGCGGGCUUUGUAAAGUUGGAUGGGAUGGACCAAAUACUCCCGGACGACGCGCAAAGUUUGUACCAGGCGGGUUUCAUUCACAGGCAGUUGGGAUCAAUGCUCCAACCAGGAGUGAAUAAAUUCUCAUUAAGGAUGUUUGGGAGUCAGAAGGCGGUGGAAAGGGAGCAAGAGAGAGUAAAGUCCGCCGGCUUUUGGAUAAUUCACCCGUACAGUGACUUCAGGUUCUACUGGGAUCUGACCAUGCUUCUCCUGAUGGUGGGGAACCUGAUCAUCAUCCCGGUGGGCAUCACCUUCUUCAAAGACGAGCACACGCCGCCCUGGAUCGUCUUCAACGUGGUCUCGGACACCUUCUUCCUCAUCGACCUGGUGCUCAACUUCCGCACCGGCAUUGUGGUGGAGGACAACACGGAGAUCAUCCUGGAUCCACAGCGCAUCAAGGUGAAGUACCUGCGCAGCUGGUUCAUGGUGGAUUUCAUCUCCUCGAUUCCUGUGGAUUACAUCUUCCUCAUCGUGGAGACACGCAUUGACUCUGAUUUCUACAAGACCGCCCGGGCACUCCGCAUCGUCCGCUUCACCAAGAUACUCAGCCUACUGCGCCUGCUGCGGCUCUCUCGGCUCAUCCGCUACAUCCACCAGUGGGAAGAGAUCUUCCACAUGACCUAUGACCUGGCGAGUGCAAUGGUGCGGAUCGUGAACCUCAUCGGGAUGAUGCUGCUGCUGUGCCACUGGGAUGGCUGCCUGCAGUUCCUGGUUCCAAUGCUGCAGGACUUCCCGCAGGACUGCUGGGUCUCCAAGAACAAAAUGGUGAAUGACACGUGGGGCCAGCAGUACUCCUUCGCACUCUUCAAGGCAAUGAGUCACAUGCUGUGUAUUGGCUAUGGGCAGCAGGCCCCCAGCGGCAUGACGGACGUGUGGCUCACGAUGCUCAGCAUGAUCGUGGGCGCCACCUGUUACGCCAUGUUCAUCGGCCAUGCCACAGCGCUCAUCCAAUCCCUGGACUCCUCACGCCGCCAGUACCAGGAAAAGUACAAACAAGUGGAGCAGUACAUGUCCUUCCACAAGCUGCCCGCAGACAUGCGGCAGAAGAUUCACGAUUACUACGAGCACCGCUACCAGGGCAAGAUGUUCGACGAGGAGAGCAUCCUGGGAGAGCUGAGCGACCCGCUAAGAGAGGAGAUCAUCAACUUUAACUGUCGGAAGCUAGUGGCGUCGAUGCCUCUGUUUGCCAACGCGGACCCCAACUUCGUGACCUCCAUGCUGACCAAGCUGCACUUCGAGGUGUUCCAGCCCACAGACUACAUCGUGCGCGAGGGCACCGUGGGCAAGAAGAUGUACUUCAUCCAGCACGGCGUGGUCAGCAUCCUCACCCGGGGCAACAAGGAGACCAAGCUGUCCGACGGCUCCUACUUUGGGGAGAUCUGCUUGCUGACCCGGGGCCGGAGGACGGCCAGUGUCCGGGCCGACACGUACUGCCGGCUCUACUCGCUCUCCGUGGACAGCUUCAACGAGGUGCUGGAGGAGUACCCCAUGAUGAGAAGAGCCUUCGAGACCGUGGCCCUGGACCGGCUGGACCGCAUCGGAAAGGAGAACUCAAUUUUGCUUCACAAGGUCCAACAUGAUCUGAACUCCGGUGUCUUCAACUACCAGGAGAAGGAAAUCAUCCAGCAGAUCAUACAGCAUGACCGGGAGAUGACUCACUACGCACACCUUCUGCAGAACCCUACUCCUCCUGUCUCCACCCCGAUGCCGGUCAUCUGGGCUCCACUUAUCCAAGCGCCCUUGCAGGCUGCUGCCGCCACCACCUCAGUGGCCAUCGCCCUGACAGACCACCCCCGGCUGCAAGGAGCACUGUUACACCAGCCUGUGUCUGUGCUGGAGUCCUUGGGACAGCAGUCGCCUCGGAAAUUAAAGAGGUUUCACUCCUUGGUGGCCACCACUGAACCCUCUGCAGCCAGCUCUCCCUCCAGCACUCCAUCCCAGCUUCAGACACCAGGAGCGGACAGCUCUUUCCUGGCUUGCUUCCAGGCUCACCAGCCUCCAGGGGCCUCUGCUAGCUUGAGCCAGCUUAAUCAUCCCUCAGACUCUACCAGCUUGAGCCAGCUCCAUCACUCUUCCAUGGGUUCACCAUCCCCCCACCCCAGCAGUGAUGCCUCCAUAUUCACAUUCAACCAGUUCCUGCAGUCCACCUCUGGAUCCCCUCACUCAAGCCUGACUGGGCUUCAUCAGCUCUCCAGCAACACCCCACCUUCAGGAUUGGGGAUUGUCCAUCAGGGAGCUUCCGGUUCCCCUGCCGCCGCCAGGUCCAGCCCCUUACCCUCUAGCUCCCCUGGUUCCCUGCUUGACCAGCUCCAGCUGCCAUCCAGGCCUCCUCAGGUAGGAUCCCUCCAGCAAUUUGCUGGGGGAGGCAGAACUUCUUCAAGUGGUUUGAACUUGUUCCAGACUCCGUCCGGCUCACCCUCUUCCAGUCUGAGCCAGCUGACACAAGUAGGUCUGGAUUCUUCUUCUUCACUGCUGCAGCACUGCUUGGCAGGAAUGCACUCGGGGUCCAUAGCUCAGCUCCAGCAGGAGAGGUCAGCCCUUUCCUCCUUAGCGCAUGGCUCUGGCACCGCUUCCCCUUGCUACACGCCACUGGCCCCCAGCCCCACCAUGCAGAGCCCGUUAGUGGGGAGAACUUUCCAGUUCAGCGGCCCAUCUAGCAUAUCUGGUUCCCACAGCUCCCUGCUCAUGACACAGACCUCGAGCCCCACUCAACCCAUCAGCCAACCCAGAGGCACCCAGCCUUCCCGAGUGGGACGCUUCUCCCAGGACAUCAAGCUGAUCUCUGCGUCCCAGUCCUCUCUGCCGAAGGAGGGAGCUCAGACCAUGAGCCAGGGCUCCACACACUCCUCCAGGGAGUCCAUCUCCAGCUUCACCCCCUACUCCACACAUAGCCUCCUGGGCAAACCCUGUAGCUCCAUCCCUCGCCAAAUGACUCUUCCCAGGCAGACGUCCUCAGGAUCCAUACCUCAGACACACAUUACCAGGGCUUCCCCACCAAUCGCCGUUCCACCAAGGAAGGGUCCCACAGUGUUCCCAUCUGAACUGGAGCCAGUGCUGUCCAAAUUACCCUCCAAUUUGUGAGGUUUAUUCAAACUCUUCCUCACCUCCCCUUAAAAAAAAAGAAAACGUCCCAUGUGACUCAGUUUCCUAUAGACUUGACUGUGUUUUGUUUAUUUAUUUGUUUUCCUCCAGUAUAACUGUGAUUUGAAGUUAACCAGGUGACUUAGAACUCUAGUUUUGUUUAUUUUUUUUUCAGCUUGCGUUUAUAAACUAUUUUAUAAUUGGUGGUGUAAAGAUACAGUAUGGCAAAUAAUACAAAAUAAUAAUAAGAGGAAGAAAACUGUGAUACAAGGGUGUGUACAAGAGCUUAUAUUUGUAAUAAGACAAAGGUAGAGACAUUUCCUGAACCUAAUGAGUGAAUAGAGGUUGCCUACUGCAUAUGAAGUUUUGUUAGGGGGAAAUAAUGUACUAUACAUCGAAACCUGUGUGUGUAAAGGACACCUUAGCUAGAGGCACUAAACAUCCUUCCAAAAUGGAUUCCAAUUAAUAGUCUUCCGAUUACACUACCUGUCUCCGUGCUGUCCACUCCUCUCUCUCUCUCUCUCUCUCUCUCUCUCUCUCUGUCUAUAUUGUCGUUCGGUGAUAUCUGUGUUCAAGAAACCUCUAAGCUGCUGUCCCGAUUCACUCAGAGGUUGCAUUUGUGGAGAUAUGCACUACAGCCAGUACUGUGAGUCCUUGUGUCCAGGCUGGAGCGGUAUCUCUGCUGCUCUCAGUGUAAUCAGAUUGAUUUUAUUUCAAGUUUUAGAGUAUUUGUUUUAGUAAACCUUGCCUGUGUCAUAUAUCAUUAAGCAAUUAAGAGAUUGGGCAGUCUAGGCGAUGUGCAGUGACGUAUGGGACCUGCGGUUUAGUUCCAGCACAGGAUUUAUAUAAGAAAAACACAGCCGGGCAUUUCAUAAUUCUUACAUUGAAUGCAGUGUUGUUGGCUACGCUCAUUACAUUUUUGGUUCAAAGAGAACCAUACCUAUAUUUUUUUAAAUGAUAAUUAUAUGUUACCUACUUGCUUAUUGAAAAAAAUAUAUAAAUGUUAUGUUGAAAUCAUGCAAUCACAAGACCACUUUUCAAUGUGUUUAUAUGGAGAACACUAGAUUUCAAGAUAGGCAUGUGCCGAGUAACAAGUAUAAACAAGUAUCCAUAAUGAGUAAUGUCAUUUUUUUGACUAUGACUACCGCAAGAGUACACAGCUCAUAACUUACACUCUGUUUUUUUUACAGCACUUCCAUUUUUAGAACCUCUCACUUCCUGUCCACAUUAGGACUUAAAAAUGAUCAAGAUCACUGUCAAAUAAUGCUCUGAUCGCUCUCUGUGUGCCAUGGGUUUUAAGGCAGUUUCAGUUUAAGACCUCCACAUAUUCACAAUAAAAACAGUAAUUCAUGAUAAAAAACAAACUGUUAAAGCACACAAUUAUUAUUAUUAUUUUCAUAAGCUGACUUUCUUAGAUUUACAUCGAUUUCGACUUUUCAAUGUAAAAAAAGCAGUGGUGGCAUCACUCGGAAAAGGCAACGUGAUGUUCACGUCACUUUAAACCUUUGAUUUAGAUCAUGAGUUGGUUAAAAGUACAGUAUUGACACUCCAUAUACAUUGCCGUUUAGUUCCCUGAAUAUCAUGCAAUAAAAGCUGAUUUGGUCUAAAUGUUUUAACACUGUUGUGGAACCAUCAACGUUCUCGUCCAAAGGAGUUCAUAACAAAAUGUUGUAAAAAUGCAAUGAACAGGUGCCAGUACUUUUCUUAACUUUGUGAUAAAAUGAUAUUUUCAAAUAAACUGUUUUGCUACACAGGUGAUUCAUACUGACAAUCCCAUUCAUUCAUUAUUCAAUACACAUGGUGUACUUCAGCUAGCUGCGUAGUGCAUUUGAUUGUGUAUUGCAAUACAUAAAUAUCAUGAUUCACAGAUUUAACAAUGAAUUCAUGAUGUCCCCUCCAGUGAAGAAGCUCCAGUAGUGUGUGUGCUCAAGCUUUACUAAAUUCAGGUAACUUAGUAAAGCUUGGUAAGUUGGCCCAGGAACUCCGAUACCAGAGGCAUGUAGGAUUUUCAACUUCUCCACAUUGCUAAGAGCUGCAUCUCCUUCAACCCAGCACCAAUCAUACAGCACGCAUUCAAACAAAACCAUCUCCUUCAACCCAGCACCAUUCAUACAGCAUGCAUUCAAACAAAACCAUCUCCUUCAACCCAGCACCAUUCACACAGCAUGCAUUCAAACAAAACCAUCUCCUUCAACCCAGCACCAUUCACACAGCAUGCAUUCAAACAAAACCAUCUCCUUCAACCCAGCACCAUUCACACAGCAUGCAUUCAAACAAAACCAUCUCCUUCAACCCAGCACCAUUCACACAGCAUGCAUUCAAACAAAACCAUCUCCUUCAACCCAGCACCAUUCACACAGCAUGCAUUCAAACAAAACCAUCUCCUUCAACCCAGCACCAUUCACACAGCAUGCAUUCAAACAAAACCAUCUCCUUCAACCCAGCACCAUUCACACAGCAUGCAUUCAAACAAAACCAUCUCCUUCAACCCAGCACCAUUCACACAGCAUGCAUUCAAACAAAACCAUCUCCUUCAACCCAGCACCAUUCACACAGCAUGCAUUCAAACAAAACCAUCUCCUUCAACCCAGCACCAUUCACACAGCAUGCAUUCAAACAAAACCAUCUCCUUCAACCCAGCACCAUUCACACAGCAUGCAUUCAAACAAAACCAUCUCCUUCAACCCAGCACCAUUCAUACAGCAUGCAUUCAAACAAAACCAUCUCCUUCAACCCAGCACCAUUCACACAGCAUGCUACUGCUGUUUCUGCACUCAUGGAUAUUUCUCAUGUUUAAUAACGUCACUAGAAGACUUUACCUACAGGGCUUGAACAAGGUGGAAUUUCUGGAAUGAGGCCAAUAGAAAAAUGACCAAUACAACCCUUUCUUAGAAUCGCUAUGCUAAAUCUCUAACCCUGUUUCAGGGUGAAGACGUUACCAUCACAAACCCCCAGUGCACCCCUAGUGGUCAUUUUUACACUUGCCUUAUUCUACCUUGCUCAGGCUUAUUUCAUAAUUUAACUGUAGUCACAGUCACAAUGGUAACAGAUUCAUUUGAGCCAAGGCCACGUAGGUGAAUAAAAUAGCUUCCCAACUAUUGUCACACUAACUUCAACCUGGAGGUCAAAUCGAUAGCAAGUCAUUCUGCAUGCAGCGCAUCCUUUCGUUUGUGCAGAAGAAACAAUAUGUUAGCAUGAUUAAUGAAUCCAAUCUGUAGAAUGCUCUGUUUAUUAAUUAAUAAGCCUGUACAGCUGGAGGGCAGACCUCCCUUCCAUCUGAGUACAGAACGUCUGUAACACCCAGGCACUGGGAACACGCUGGUCCUUCAGAGAUCAUACACAUCUGACAGUACACAAGCAAACCUUUCAAAUGUGACCUUGGCCAUGCAAAUUGGAUGCAUCUGUUUGUUAUUAUAACUAUGUAUCUCGGGCUGGGUAAUUGGUAUGAUCACAGAUGAAAGAUGAGCCUGUUUCAAGGUGUUCUAUUUACCAGGGCAGUCUAUUGCUUUAAUUGUUCAUAUUCUACUCCUUUCUGCUAUAUUAAUAAAAUCAGAGGCAGUUAGAAAUGUUUUUUUGUACCUUUAACAUGCUCCUAGAAAUAUAUUUUAUUUAAAUUAUACUCAAAGGACGUUCAGGUCAUUGUUUGCAGUUCUAUUCAAAUUCACCUUGGUGGAAAUUCCGUUCUAGCAUUUCAUUAUGUUGUCCAAUUAUUGAUCAAGACAGUAUGAUGGAUCAUAUUAGAAAACAAAUCACCUGAUGGUGGUUCUCACACAGACACCCCGGAAGCUGAUGUAGCAAUAAGAGGUCCAUUAUCCACAUCUAUACCUAAAAGCAUGUUGGUUUGAAAAGAUCCACAACCCAAUAGUAGCAGCUAUGGACCUGGAACCAAACAAAUUAUUGAUGCAAGAGUUUACAGAAGAUGUUUAGGGAGUCUCUAUAAAACCCAAACAAGCUGGUUAACUUGUACAUUGUUGACUUUGGGCGGUUAUUUGAACCAUACCUCUUAUUCCCUAAUCCCUACAAACGUCUUCUCUUUCCUCUAAUAGCUUUGAGAAGCAAUACAGUCUAACAGUGAAAAUACUUUAUACUAUUUCCUUGGAAGUAGCCAGUAUUGAUUUUUCUAUUUUCCAUGUCCCAUUUUUCUAUGGUACAAUGGUGUCCGAUCGGUUUCAAGAAGGGGAAAUCGGGCCCACUCAUUGAAUCAUGGAAACAUCUAUUAAUUUUCUUAUUUUUAACAGGUUUUAAAUGCUUACAAAUCAAACAUCCAACCUUUAUUAGUGCAGCUGUUUAUAAAGGGGGCGGCUGUGUAUUUUGUCAGUGAAACGUUCAAAUACCAUACCAGCCAAUUCUCCUUGCCAGGUUUCAUAUAACCUAAUGAGCCAAACCUCAGCACUCAGAUAAUGGGAACGUUUAUUUCAAACCUUGGCGUGAAGACGGAACUGUUCACUGUAUUACAUGUAGAAGAAAACCAUGAGAAUAAACAUUUUGAAUCUCUUUCAAAUGUACACUGCUGCUGCCAGAUGUACAGCAUUUAAAGCAAAUUCGUGUUUAAAGGGUUGUGUUAUUGUUAUUUAUUCCGAGACGUACAAACUCAUGGACUACCUUAUUUUGAUUCAAUGAGUUUAAUAAAAAUAAAAGUUUUGUUAAAACUUCUUAUUCAGUGGCACCAACUUUAACCACAUUGCAUUUUCUUUAGAUAACCUUGCUUCUAAUUAAAAACUACUUUUGAAAACUGAAAUGUUACAUUUCAAUCCAAGCUAUUCACCACUGCCCUAUUGAAAGAGCCUAUGUGCAAUUGUGAUUAAGAGAGAUCCAAUUAGCUGUGAUAAGUACAUUUCAAUAAUUCUAUCAGUGUAAAACUGGCAGUGGCAUAGUCGAGCUACAACACUUGAUCCCCGCACCGCUUCAUGUAGGCCCCUAGGAGGCGCUACAGCUGCUGCUGAAUGAAGGGAGGUGUCUCUCUGCAAUGAAUACACCUGGUUGCUGUCAUUUUAGCGCAUGUAAAAAUUGAGUGAAUUAAAUCUGUCAUUGCUCUGGACCUGGUGCCACAUUCUCAUUCUCAACAUUGGAAAACGAAACUACUUACAUGACCAUGAAUUAAAACAAAGCAAAGCUGUAAUUAGAAGUGUUUGUAUAAUCUUUGACAAUAACUGUAUUUAGAGCUGGAGCCGCUUGAGAAGAACGUCCUUUUUAAAUGUGCCAUUUGAAAACUACUGUCUCAAUAUUUAGGUGGCUGACCUAUAUUGCCAGGAUGGUUACCAAAAAAUAUGAUCAUGAUAUACAGCUGUGGCCAAAUGUUUUGCGUCACCUCAUAGAAUUAACUAAUUCUGCUUCAUAAAAUUGAAUGAAACCUGCUGAAUAAUGUUAUGUUAACAUAUUGAAUUACACACCGCUUUGUAGUUUUCCAUAUACUUAACGAAAAACUGACAAAUUGAAAAAUGUGACAUUUCGAAAUCUAACAUGAAAUACUGUACUACUAUUAUGGGUUCCGGUCGACUUUUGCAAAAUCAUUUUGUAGUUUACUUGAUUACAUGAUGUUAAAUAAAAGAUCAAAAUUAUGUUCAUAUAAGUUUAUUUUUUAUUUUUUAAAUGAUGUCGCAAAUCCUAAAAUUGUAGCUUAUGCAAAACUUUUGGUCAUAGCUGUACAUAUAGCUGAGUAUAAACUAAUGGUACAGUUUGCAAAUUGUGAAAUAUAUAAUUUGGUAUGUGUCCAUUUCAUCAUUUUUUUUUUUAAAUAUAUUUUUGCAGUGUUCAAUCUAGAAUUGAAAAUAAUGUAGUCACUGUUUACUUAAGUGACAAGCAAUGUUCACUGAACUGUGUAUAAUUAUGGAAUAACUUUUUAAAAAUGUAUUACAAUUAAUGCUGUAUAAUCCUAUGAAGUUUAAGACAUUAAGGUACUGAAC